AGAAGAUGCGGUAACUAGAGAUAAAAAUGGGACUGACGGUGAGGGUGAAUCAGAAGCCUCAUUCGAAAUAGCCCAUCGUCGUUUAGAUAAUUCAACAGAAGCCAUUUUAGGUGGUAGAAGUAAUAAUGAUGGAUCUGAAGAAGAUUUGGACGAUGAACAAGAAAAUGAUGGGUUAGAAGAAAGCGAGUUGGAUGAAAGUGAAUCAGAAGUUGGAUAUUUUGAUAGAGCACGCGAACCUGUAGGAAAUCAAGGAUCAAACGGUUCAUCAUCUUCACUGUCGCAAAGUCAAAAUUCUGGUGAAGUCGAAGAUGAAUUAUUUGAUGAUGAUGAACAACACGAUCUUUUCGAUCCACCAAAUGAUGAUGAUAACGAAUCCUAUGAAGAAUCUGAUGAUGAGAUUGAUUGGCAUCUAGAGUUCUACAUUGAUGAUUUGCGCAUAAAUUUUGAUUCUACAUUAUUUGAGGUCAUUUAUCGGCAUUUGUUACGAAUCGACGUCGAACAAUCAAAAGAAAAAUUUUGGAAUAAUGAUGAUGAAUAUAUAAUUAAAUUUAAAAAAGUGGUAUCUGCUUUUCCACCAUUCCCAGACCACUAUUUUCCUACUAAAUUAGGGACCGGGAAUGAUGCCUAUGUGGAGCUUGUCACGCAUUUCAUGGCAAUUCUCCAUUCUAUUUAUGCAGAUGCUGUUUCAGUUGAUAAAUAUGAUCCUAGUCCAUUCGUGUCACAAGAAUUAGAAACUCAUAUUGAUAUCGUUGUAAACCCGGUAUCUAUUUUGACGCGCGUUUUUCCUGACGCAUUUCUCAAGAUUUGUUCAGAGGUUCCAUUUGUACUUAAUCCGAUGAAGCGUCAUGAAUUCUUUAUUGGUAAGACCUUCGGUCUACUUUAUCCCGAAAGGUUUGGAAUAGACAUUAAUAAUGCUCGUAAGGUGUUGAAUCUGAUUCGUCAAGUUCUUCCUGGACCUAUGCAGGCAACACCAUCUAUAUCCAUGGACAAUUUAUUUGGGUGGAUUCGUCAAUAUUUUGAAAAAUAUGCGAUUACAGGGUCAAGACUCAGCGUUCAAUUUGAAGGAGUUGGUGGGAUUGGGGAUGGUGUAGCUCGUGAAUUCUUUUCUAAAUUAUCCCUUGAAUUUUCACAAAUUUGCCGUAAAAUGUGGGUUCAUGAUGUAAAGUACAAAAAACCCUACAAACCAACAGAUCCUAUUGAUAAUGAUUAUGGAUUAUAUCCUGCUUUGAUGAAUGAUCAAUUUGAUGAAAAAACAGAUGGGGAGUCGAAAGAAGGAAUGGAAUCAGUGGUGGAUGAAACUUUUAUCGAUAUUUUGUUACAUCCCGAACAUUUAUUGCGCAAACUUCCAAGUGGAACUGAUCUAAACGAGCAAGAUUGUUUGAAGAUCAUUGAGUUGAUAGAGUCGGUCUAUCCAUCAUUUGGAUCUAACCUCAAGAAAUUACUUAAUAAUAAUGACCUUGACGAAAAAGAUUGCAUCCCAUACGACAUUAUGACUGGUCGUACGACGUCGGUAGUUGGACCCGACGGGAAAAAAAGAGAGCAACCAUAUAGUGUUAAUCAUGGGAAUGAUUCGGAUGAAUGGGUAACGCGUAUAAACAUAGGUCGAUACAUCGCAGUAUGUAGAGAUUGGUUUUUCGAUCGUGGAAUAGCUCUGCAAACUAAAGCUUUCAAAGAAGGUUUUAACCGGGUAUUUCCCAUCGAAGUCAUGCGAGAAUAUACUGCGACAGAGUUCGCGUUAUAUUUUCUACAUCAAGGAGGUGAUGGAGAUUGGAGUAUAGAAACACUGCGACAGUAUGUUCAGUCAUAUGAUGCAAACACUAGCAAUGAAGAAGUCGAAAAAGUAAUCCAAAUAAUGGCAGAGUAUGAUACAGACAACCGAAAGCGAUUUUUACGCUUUGCGACGGGAAGUUCGAAGCUUCCAAUUGGAGGAUUUGAAGCUUUAAAUCUCAAGGUAUUUAGAGAUUCUGCUUUGGAUGAGCGUGCGUUGCCUAAGGCUCGUACGUGUUUCAAUAGGCUUAUUAUUCCACCAAAUAAUUCGAAAGAAGAAUUGGUUAGAAAGUUGGAGUUUGCAUUUGCAAAUUGUCCUGAUAUUGAUCGAGGUUAA